ACCAGAAGAUAAUUCGAUGUUGUAUCUUGAAUUAAGGCAGCAUGCUCGACAUCAUCAAUCAGUUCUGCGGUGCGUUUCUCUUCUGCAAUCAGCAAUGAGUGUGUCCAUUUUCAUCCUCCUGUCCAUUAACAUGGCCAAUUUAUGUUUCAUUAUGUUUGUCACAGUGGAACUUUUGCAGAGAGAAGGAAAUAUGUCUAAACCACUGAAGACCAUAUUUGUGAUGCCUGCUCUUCUAUACCAGACUUGGAUGUAUUGCAUUUUUGGCCAGAUCAUAACUGAUCAGAAUGAGAAGUUGGUGGACUCGGCCUUUGGAUGCGGAUGGACCGACACUGACUCUCGUUUCAAACGGAGUUUGGCGAUCGUCAUGAUGACGGCUACACGACCUCUCAAGAUCAGAAUAGGCAAGACGUGUGACCUAUCCAGGGCACUUCUGCUUCAGGUUCUGAACGGAACGUAUGGGCUGCUGAAUAUGCUGUGCAAUUUUAAUACACCAGUCUAAGCAUGAACAAAACUUAAAGAAACACAUUUUUUCCUGAUUACGUACUCACAACU